AUGGAAAUUGGUAAUGAAAUUGAAGUAUUGGAUAAUGCCCUUCCUGAGCCACUAUGCACUGUGUGUGGACAGCAACAUUCCACAGAAGAAAACCAUUUUUACUCAUACAUUGAAGAAGUGGAUGAUGAUAUGAUGUGCCACAUUUGUCUUCAUGCACUGGUACAACCUCUGGACACUCCAUGUGGGCACACAUUCUGCACCCUCUGCCUCACAAACUUCCUUAUACAUGAGAACUUUUGCCCUAUGGAUAGGAAGCACAUCAUGCUGCAGACCUGCAAAAAGUCUACUGUGUUAGUAAAGAACUUGCUGGAUAAACUUUCAGUUGCUUGCCCCUUAAACAAAUAUUGUGAUGAAGUCCUUCAAAGAUGUGACCUUGAAGAUCACCUCCUGAACAGGUGUAAAGGUGCAUCACACUAUGGCCUUACUAAAGAGCGCAAAAGACGAUCACAGGAUGGUUCCCCGGACUGCAGCUCUUCAUUAGAUUUAACCAUAGCAGCAGUGUCGCCUGAACUAUCAGCUGCCUCCGCAGCUGCAGCCUUAGUGAAUGAUGAAGCAGGUCAGGACAACCCUGUAUAUAGCUCACCCACAGGAGACAUCCAUCUGGGAAGUGGAUCUGAAGAACACUUCAGAAUAAACCGGAAUAGGAGUCGUAACUUUGAACGUUCCACAGUCAGGAGUCUGUCAUUUAAAAAGCUGAACCGAGCACUCAGUGUCCUUCGAAGAACAAAGAGUGGAAGUGCCGUCUUACACUCCGCAGAGAGAGAGCGAGUCAGCCUGCAAAAUGCAAAUAUCACAGAAGAAGAUUGUAUAGUGCUGCCAAAUCUGUCGCACCUUAUUCCUGAUGGAGAGAUAACCUGUAUUAAGAUCAAUCGCUCUGAUUCCAAUGAAUGUCUUGGAAUUAGAAUUGUGGGUGGAAAUGAAACCCCUCUGACCCAAAUCAUCAUACAACAUAUCUAUCAGGAUGGGGUCAUUGCACGAGAUGGGAGGCUCCUUCCUGGAGACAUGAUCUUAAAGGUCAAUGGCAUCGACAUCAGCAAUGUACCUCACGCUUAUGCACUUUCCACCCUCAGACAGCCCUGCCAGGUGUUGAAGCUCACAGUUCUCAGGGAGCAAAGAUACAAAUGUAGGAGCAAUGGCAUCAGUACAGAGCCACAUACCCCCAGGGAUGACAGCAUCCAUGUUGUGCUGAGCAAAAGCAGUCAAGACGUGCAGCUCGGAAUAAAGCUGGUCCGCAAAAGGGAUGAGCCAGGAAUAUUUAUUUUUAACCUGCUGGAAGGAGGCGUAGCUGCUCGAGAUGGUUACCUGCAGGAGAAUGAUCGAGUUCUAGCUAUCAAUGGUCAUGAUGUGCGUAAUGGGACACCAGAGAUUGCAGCCCAGCUAAUACAGGCCAGCGAGGAGGGGGUUUACUUAGUUGUUUCACGACAGACCAGACAUCAGACCCCUGAUAUCUUGCAGGAGGCUGGUUGGCAUAACAACAGCAGCCCGCCGCAAUGUCCUAAUGAGAGAAACCAUUUUAACAAGAACGCUAAUCGGGCGGUCCUGUGUUUGGAGAAGGUUGUGAACAUUGUAAAAGACCAUACAGAGUCCUUGGGAAUGACAGUGGCUGGUGGAGUGUCAAACUGGGAAUGGGACCUACCUAUCUUUGUCACAAGUGUAGAUCCUGAUGGAGUUAUUGGGAGAGACAGCAGAGUAAAAACAGGUGACAUAUUACUAAACGUCAAUGGCAUAGAUCUAACUGGAGUCAGCCGUAGUGAAGCUGUGUCGUUGUUAAAAAAUCCUUCUUCCUCAUGUGUGGUUCUGAGAGCCUUGGAAACAAAAGAAUACGAGCCAGGGGAAGACCUAAGCAACAACUCGUUGUCAAUGGACACGGUCCAGAAUAGCUUUGAGAGCAGAGAAUGGUCACCAAUCUGGGUCAUGUGGCUAAAGCUGCCUCGGUAUUUAUACAGCUGCAGAGAAAUUGUGCUGAGGAGGAAUACAGCAGGGAGUCUGGGCUUUAGCAUUGUAGGAGGUUCUGAGGAUUGCAACUGGAACAAACCAUUCUUUAUUAAAUCCAUACUGGAGGGCACCCCCGCUUACAACGAUGGAAGAAUCAGGUGCGGGGAUAUGCUUCUGGCUGUAAAUGGAAGAUGCACGUCUGGAGUGACCUAUACCCACUUAGUAAGGAUGCUUAAGGAAUUAAAAGGAAGGGUGGUACUUACAAUAGUGUCAUGGCCUGGAUCCUUCUCGUAGGCACUUUGACACUAUCACUUCUACAUUCCACACUACUUCUCACGUGUUCUUACAGCCGGUAUUAGUUUUCCUAACACUUGCAGUUGUCUGUCAGUAUUGGGUCUAAAUGGCUAUCAAUAUUUUCAUGCAUGCCAGAAAAUGAGCUCUUUAAAAAAAUUCAG